GCAAUAACUUUUAUUAGGGGUAUAUUGAUAUGAUAAAUGAUAAUCAUUCAAAUUCCUCCACCAAAAUAAUGAAAAAUGUGCACCAAAAAUAGUGAUUAGAAAUGCUUAAAAAAAAAAAAGUGAUUUUAACUUGUAAGUGUAAAUUGCGGUCAUUUUGGAAAUUUGUAAGGGAGUAGUGAUGAAUUGGAUAACUUACUGAUGCGAGCAACGGAACUCGAUUCGACGCCGGUGCGAGUUCGGAUCAGACUGAAAAGGGAAGCACAUUUGACAUUGUUACCUUCUGCUGGCUUUAAGAACACACAUCAUGAAUGACCAACAAGCUCUCCAUCUUUUAAAUGAAUUGGAACUUAUUCUGGAAUCCGAUCCUUUGAUAGAUGAAGUGGGGUUUAUUCAUCCAUCCCAAUUUGAUAUGCUGAAUGAAGAAGCAUGUCAUCUUCUCCCAUCCUCAGAUGACACGUUGAGCUCUAAGGUGUCAGACAUUGAUGAUGCUUCUAAGCAUAUUGGUGCUGCUAGUUUUUGGAAUAAAGAUCACAAGCUGGGAAUCUCAACGGAGGUUCUUUUUCCACUAUACCAGACAACCAAACAUGCAUUCAUGGCUGCAAUCAAACAAUACAAGGCACUUGUUGACAACUCUUGUAUUGAGGAUUCUUCAAGUUACUCUGCAUCUUCUCAUGACAAUGUGGAAAAUGAAGUUAUGAAACUUAGCAGGGCUCUUUUGCUGUUAAGCUGCGAUUUUGGCACCGCAUGGCAUUCCAGGAAACUAGCUGUGUCGAAGAAACAUCGUCUCUCUAUGCUGAUGUAUGAACUUCAGUUGUCAGCACUUGUUCUAUCAUAUGCACCUAAGUGUGAACAUGCUUGGAGUCACAGGCGGUGGGUGAUCAAAUCAAUUGCUGGAAGAUGUUCAACUCUACAAAAUAUUUUGGAAAAAGAAUCUGAGCUGGUUGAGAAAAUAGCUGAGAGAUCAAAAAUGAAUUACCGUGCAUGGAAUCAUCGAAACUGGUUGGUUUCUUAUAUGUCAGGAGAACAGGUACUUCAUGAGCUAAAGAAAACUCGAAGCUGGGCAGGCUUGCAUGUUGCUGAUAAUAGUUGCUUUCAUUAUCGCAGACGGUUAAUGCUUAGAAUUUUAGAGGACUCCAAAAUUGGGCCUGUCCAGAACUAUGUUGAUAUAAAUCAAUUGUGGGAGGAGGAGCUUGAAUGGAAUGAAAUGUUGAUAAAGCUGUAUGUUGGAAGAGAGGCUCUAUGGCUUCAUCGCCGCUUCCUUGCUCCAAUUCUGUUAAAAGGUUUUUUAAUUGAUCACACCGACACCACCGGGACCAGCAUUUACAAGGACUUUGAUAAGUUUGUGGAUAAUGAGUUUAAACUUCAUAGCUUCUGCUCAACUGUUCCAGAAAGCAGCUUUGAGGACCACCAUGCACAAGCGUUGCAUUGUGCUACAUACAUGUUAUGGUUGAUUAAGUUUAUUGGCAUUGAAUUCCAAGAGAAGCUGAGAGUAGAGAAUUUGAAGUCUCUUUUGAAGAAGAUAUGCCCAGAGAAGCCCUUCCUUUGGGAUCAUUUAACGAAUAAUAAAAGUUGACACUCUUUCAGCAAAUAUAAAGUUGACACUCAAUUGUUUGUUAUGUAAUCACUUUUUUUUUAUUGGUGAAUCAACUUAUCAACAUUUGAUAAGUUAAAUGUAUUAUCAUGUAAUAAUCAUGGUUGAUGUGGAUAAUGAUUUUUAUUUUCUUUUUUUUUUGCUAAGAAAUAAUAGGAAUACCAUUAAAAUAAUCUGAAUUUGACAUUUUGGAUUCCAUUUACGACCAAA